AUGUCAGCCAGCCUUUUCCCAGCCCACCAGUGCCAGGGGCUGCUGGAUGAGCUGCACGGCAGAACCCCGCAAGUGCCCUGCCCGGAGGGGUUGCUGGGCACCUCCGUGCUGGAUUUCGUGGCCGACCUCUCCCUGGGCAACCCCCAGGGAGCCCCCGGGUCCGGGGCGGGCCUGGGGCUCUGCGAGGUCACCACCGGGCCUCCCUUCGGGGACAGAGUCCUGUCGCUUCGGGAAGGGAUGGCCCGGGGUUUGCCCCUGGUUGCUUUCGGAAAUGGAGAUCCCGAAGACGAAGAGGAAGAGGAAGAGGAAAGGAUGCGCAGUGCUUCCCUCCUGGACAGACCUAGGAGAAAACGGGUCAUCACCUACGCCCAGCGCCAGGCUGCCAACAUACGGGAGAGGAAGAGGAUGUUUAACCUCAACGAGGCGUUUGAUCAGCUCAGGAAGAAGGUGCCCACCUUCGCCUACGAGAAGAGGCUCUCUCGGAUAGAGACCUUGCGCCUGGCUAUAGUGUACAUCUCCUUCAUGACUGAGCUCCUGGACGGCUGUAGCAGACAGGAGGCGAGCUAG